UGGCGGCAUGCAGCUGUUCUCUCUGUCCCGACAGAACGGUGUUUUCGUGUUUUUUUGUCUUGAGUCACAGUGUUUUUGUACGUCGUCGUCGCGUUUACCUGUAAGCGUGCAUACAGUCGUGAGUUUCUGCUUGAUGGCGACAGAACCGCAUUUUUUUAGCUAAACUGCGCGAACGCGGAACAGCUGCGGGAUCUCGGUCUGCUACGGAGGCCUACAUCAUCACCGACCCCCACGACUGCAUCUCGCCCACAAGCGGAGGCACCACAAGCGGUGUGAGAGGAAGCAGAAGAGAAGUGUGUCUGAUGCUGGUUCAGAUCGAGUGCAAAUACUGGUGAAGGAGGGAGAUCCAGUCACUCUACACACUGGUGUUGAAGUUAACCAACAAGACAGAGCGACAUGGUAUUUUAAUGAUGUUCGCAUUGCUUACAUCGAUGGAGAUAUGAAGAUCUGUACAGAUGAUGAGUGUCCUGAGGGAUUCAGAGACAGACUGAAGCUGGAUCAUCAGACUGGAUCUCUGACCAUCAUCAACACCAGAAACACAGACUCUGGAGAAUAUAAACUACUGAUCAGAAGCAGUGAAAAGAUCUUCAGCGUUACUGUCACUGAUGUUUCAGGUUCAGGUCUGUCUUCAGGUGGUGUAGCAGGAAUUGUUGUUGGUGUUCUGCUGCUGCUGGCUGUUGUUGUUGUUGUUGGUGUGAUGAUCUUUCACCGCAGGAGCUCCAACGAUGUGCCAGAACUAGAGUCUAUGGAUAAGACACCGAAUGAAAGAAGGCUCAUGACCGGAGAGGAUCACAACAGCUUGGGCAAAAAACAAGCUCCUCGUAAAAUGCGUAAAUUGAGCUGAAACAUUACUAAUAUUAACUGUGUGAUGCUCAGAGUCAUAGUCUUUCUUGUUCUUCAUUUCUAAUUUUAUCAUUUGUGAUGCUAUCUAGGAAAAACCCAACCCGAGUUGGCUGAUUAUGAUUUUCCUGAAUGUAAUUUUGGGUUUCACUUUCACUUCUACUUAACGAUCGUCUGUCAGGAGCGAUAUACUGCAUCAUUACACAAACAGACUAACAUAUCCCUGAAGAGGACACUUUUCGGUUGUUUAUCAUGAUGAACAUAGUCUCUGAACUUCUGAUCAGCUCUUGUAUGUUUAGAUACACAACAGUUAAUAGUGUAGACUACAUUGUAGUUAGAAAAGUGAGCACAUGUUCAUAUUUCAGACUGUCAUCAGACUCCUCAUCUUUAGUAACAUCAUCAUCUGAUCCUUCAUCUCUGGAUGUGAAAUAGUCCAUUCUAAAAAAAUACUAAGACACCACGAUUAAGCCGACAGAAUGGAACAAGAUCAUCUAAAAAGUGAGCAGCUUCAGACUGCGUUGUUCUCUUGCUCUCUGUCAUCUCAUGAUAUUAAUAAACAAACAAAUAAAUAAAA